UAAUAAAUAACUAUUUAUACACAGAAUAUACAUUGAAAGAAAUUAACAUUUGAUUUUCUUCCAAAACAUGACUAAAGAAAAAUAUAAUUCAGAUUUUGAAAUGGAUAGUGAAACAGAUGAAUCAGAUGAUAAUUCCAUUGAUCAUGCCGAUUUUUAUCAACCUAGAAACAGAGAAUCUUAUGAUAAUACAGAAGUAAAAUUGACAUUAAUGCAAAAAGCACGUAAACGUCCAGGAAUAUUCUGCUUCAUUUUAAUCGGUUUUGGUGUACUGACUGCGACGACUAUAAUCUUAAUUUGGACUGUUAUCCGUGUUUAUAAUAAAUAA